UGUCCGCAGUCUCUGGUCAUCUCCUGUACUAUGUCUGCAGUCUCUGGUCAUUUCCUGUACUGUGUCCGCAGUCUCUGGUCAUCUCCUGUACUAUGUCCGCAGUCUCUGGUCAUUCCCUGUACUGUAUCCGCAGUCUCUGGUCAUUCCCUGUACUGUGUCCGCAGUGUCUGGUCAUCUCCUGUACUGUGUCCGCAGUCUCUGGUCAUCUCCUGUACUGUGUCCGCAGUCUCUGGUCAUCCCCUGUACUGUAUCCGCAGUCUCUGGUCAUUCUCCUGUACUGUGUCCGCAGUCUCUGGUCAUCUCCUGUACUAUGUCCGCAGUCUCUGGUCAUCUCCUGUACUGUGUCCGCAG